GGGCAGAACGAGCUAGGGUAAUAAGAGGUAAUAGAAUGAACAUCGAAAUCAAGCCGCAGCGAACAGCAAGGAAACGGACUACAAAUCGGCUGAAUUAUUGCUGAUUUGGUAACAAUUGUUAUCGUUCAGAUUCUAAUCCGAAGUGUAAUCUGAAGAUGUCUGGCCACAAUCCCACAUCACCUGUGAUGCGUCCCGCUGACGAAGAUGAUGUACUAGACACAUCAGAGGUUCCUAAGGCAGACAAAAUGUUCGUAUUAAAAAGAUGGAACGCUGUGGCGAUGUGGAGCUGGGAUGUCGAAUGUGACGUCUGUGCCAUUUGCCGUAUUCAAGUAAUGGUUUACAGCUGUCUAAGAAGUCCACAGGCGACUUUCUGGCAGACCAAGGACAUCAACGGACUUUGUCAGCGAAAAAACAACACUAGAAGGAUACAACUAAACACCGCAAAAAUUUGUGAGGAUCCACAACAAAUUCCGCUUGUCAUACGGCUCACCUCGUUGAAAAUCCUGAUUUGGACCUUGGCUUUAUCCAUGUAUCUCCUGCCUCAAGAACUUCUCUUACUUCUCAACUCUUGUCACGUAAUUCGUAUGGCUUCGCAUGUGCUAUUAUGCAUCUUUGGCUAAGAGAGAAGGUUUCCCGAAUUGCGUUGAAGGAAAGCACAAGAUAGGUGUCCUGUAGAUUCUCGACACAGGAAUAAUGUCUUACUGUCUUUUUAAAGUCAUGCAGAAAUCAAAAAUAUUUUUUAUUAUUUCUGUGAAUUGUGUUUAUCGUAUUUCAUUUUUCACAAUAAAUUCAACUCUGUUUUUUGCAUCAUCCACUUACUAAUAAGGAAGUGCCGAUUUAAGCCCAGUUUCUGAUUUAAUAAAGAUAUCGAUUCCCUCAAGUGCACAAUGUCCCGACAAGGUUUGCCCCUCAGAGGUUUGAGCACCAAUAGGUAGUUGCUAGAGCAAGACGAAUUUACUGCCACUAUAUCACUUUAUUUACUAUCGCAAAAUACUAUAUCCUUACAAGGGUAUUCUAUUACUAUUAUUGUUAUAUAACGCUUUAUACCCACAACACUUAGGCGGUCGAGGCAAGAGUUCUGUAUGUAUAAUAGCUUCAUUUUGAAUUGUAUAUGCAACGUACCUUCUUCUCAAAGCCUUUCUCGAACACAUGUAUGGAUAUAUCGGGUGCCUUUAAAGAUCAGUUUCUGGAUCAGUCAUACAGGAUAGGCCAUUCCAUUACACAAUGCGGCUACCUAUUACAGUGGUUGCAAUCCAAGAAGGGUUUUGCUUUAGCUACGUGCCAUUACCUACUACGCAGAACUGAAAUGAAGAUUGUGUCCCUAAAAAUCAUUUCGAUGUAUGCAUUGAUAUACACAUGUAAGGACCAGAAAGGAGGAAACCUGCGACGGAAAUAAAAACCUUUCUGAUGUAUGCGAUAAUGAAGCCGCU